AUGGCCCACGUGGGCGACCGGCUUGAGCUUGAGCGCGCGUUCUCCGGUGCCACGGUCCAUGACAUGUUCAACAUGCUGAGUGUCCUGACCUUGCUGCCCAUCGAGAUCAUCAUCGCGGCGAUUUCGGGCGAAGGCGGACUCCUCUAUUGGAUUUCCAAGGGCUUGACGGACGCCAUCCUGGGCAACGACGCCUCCGACCUGACCUUUCCCUCUCCCACCAAGGCGAUUGUGAGUCCCCUGACCAAGGCUGUCCUCAGCAAGGACAAGAACGUCGUGAAGGCUCUUUCCUUCGGUGCGCCAUUGGAGCAUGCCAUCCCGGCGAGUUUCUGCGGUUCCGCAGACUGCGGCACUUACUACUGUAAGGUGGCGGAGGAGGGCUAUGAGGCUUUGCAGGCCUGUGGGGCCUUCGCGAACGAUUGCGGUUCUGACGCUUGCUACCUUGAUGCCGGCAACUACUACACGACUGAGAUCGAAGGUGCGCGUCUCAUUGGCAAGGGCUUCCUGAAGGAUGUCGGUGACGUGGCGGGCGGUAUCCUUGGGCUGACAAUUGCUUUGAUCGUGAUGUGCGUGGCGCUGUACGUUAUGGUGAGGCUGCUGCACAGCCUGGUUAUGGGCCAGGCAAAGAGGGUGAUCAUGAAGGGUACCCAGAUGAACGACUAUUUGGCCAUGCUGCUGGGUGUUGCCCUGACCUUGAUCGUGCAGUCCAGUUCUGUGACGACCUCUGCGCUGACGCCUUUGGUUGGCAUUGGAGUCCUGCCCGUCGCCAAGAUGUUGCCAAUGACCCUCGGCGCGAAUAUCGGGACGACAUUUACUUCCAUGUUCGCAGCUCUGGCUGUUAUGAAGGCGGACAGCAUCCAGAUCGCGCUUUGCCAUCUGCUCUUCAACAUUAUCGGCAUCCUCAUUUGGUUCCCUGCGCCCCCAAUGAGGAGGGUGAUCAUCCACGCCGCCUGCACCUUGGGGUUCUAUGCCUCCUACUGGCGCUUCGUGCCGCUGAUUUACAUCUUGGUGAUGUUUUUGGUCGUGCCAGGAGUGACAUUGGCCAUCUCCCUGCUCUACCAGGCCAGCGUCGCAGGGGGCAUCGUGGUGACAAUCUUGGCUCUGGGCGUGGUUGCGGGCUUGGCGGUCUGGUGGUGGCGCGUGGGCUGCUACAAGGUGGUGAGCCAAGAGGAGCGCGAGCUCCGACGGGCGCAGGUCGAGGAGCAGGUUGAGGAGCCGAAGCAGAUGGAGCAACCGCAACUGAGCGAGCCGGCUGAGUCGGCGGUUUGAGGCGGCUGAGUCCGUUCCAAGGGGAUGUUUAUAUGCAUGUAUAAUACGUGCAUACAGUAUGUACAUGUUUCUUCACUCUUGAAGCCUGUGCCUGCUGCGGCCGCCAGAGGCGACUGUUGCAAGCCCAAGGCGACGCAAGCGUCAAAUAAGUUGGGCAGAUCUCGGAAAUUUGGAGAAUCUCUGUUGGCUUGCUGCAGGUGCACCCUGCUUUCCGCAGCGCGCCACACGGUUGCCGGAACUCCGGCAGUGAACCGGCUUCUUUGCUGAUGCUUUUUGUUCUCUUUGGCGGUCCUCGGCAGCUGAUAACGCUUUUGCAGUGACCGAGGCUGCCUUAGCCCGAUUCCACGGCGAGGCUUCUUUCGUAGUGGGAUUGUUGCCUUGCCGCAAAGGCCUUUGGCAAUGCAUUUUAAAUGGGGAAACCCUUGAACCUCUCGCCGAACAGGGAUUUCAGCUGCCAAAGGCGCUGUCCCUUUCGUGUUCUCCACUUACGCGGCCUCAAGCCCAGACGUUAUGAGGCCUCCGGGCGAGAUCAAUGCCAAUUGAUUUGCACGGACAACAUGCGGCUUCAGC